AUGCUGCUCUGCGAACGCGAGGACCCCCCCAGAAACUCGAGCACUCACAGCAGUAGCAGCAGCAACAGCCGCCGCAGUGCGCUGGUGGACUGGCCAGAAACAGCCGCUGAAGAAGAGAUUGCUGCUGCUGCCGCCGCAGUGAUGCCGAGUCAUGCCGAGUUGUCAGGACUCAAUGUUGAUGGGGAAACUGCCUCCCGCAAGGGUUCUCCGGCGGAGAGCCCUCGAGAGUCGUCUGUAGCGACAGCAGCAUUCCCAGUUUUUGUCGAUUCUGACGCGAAACAAGGCUCAACAGACCAACAACGGGCUCAAUGCGACUGGUUUGUGCCUCCGGCAGACUCUUCGAGGCCUCUCCAAACAACCCCUGCAGCGGCGGGUGCUGCCGAUAAUGAGGCCGGUGCUGCAGACGAGCAGGCUGCAAUCGUCUUGUCUUCGGAAGCUCAGCCAAGCAGCUCUGCAGCAGCAGCUGAGCUGCACGUCCCUCCCCCGCCUCCUGGUGUCGCUGCCGUUGCCGCUGUGGCGAAUCCCUGUCUCCCCACAAGUCAAUUGUUGCGGCAAGAAGGAGGCGCGCCAGCAGCAGCGACUCGGCCUUGCUGCUCUUGGGCUGUCGCUGGCUUGCACGCUGCAGCUGCAGCAGCACUUGCUGCAGGGCUAGGAGCUGCGCCUUCCUGUGCUGUUGCUUUAGACGAGGUCGACUCGGGUGCCACUACGCAGUCCCCUGUCUCGCCGAGCAACAGCUGCUGCAGCAGCUGCUGCUGCAGCACUGCCCCUUCAACCUCUUCUGGGAGCACCAGCUGCAGCAAUACCAGAUACUCGCUGCAACGGCAAUGCGAAAGCAGCACCCUACCGGUUGCCGUGCUGCUCCUGCAACUGCAGUCGUACUUCAUCGAUUUGCUGCGUUAUCUGCGAGACUCAGCAGCCGCAGCAGCAGCGGAAGCAGUGCCACAAGAUGCCGCAGAAGCAGAGAAAGUUGCACGAGCGGCAGACACAAAUUACUCUCAUCACCUACAGGUCAUCUUAGGGAGCUCUUGCAAUGCGCUGCAACGGCAGAAGAAAAGCAGCUCCAAGCAACGUCAGCACCAACAGCAGCAUGUACUGCCUGCCCUUGACUCAAUAGAAGCAGGAGAGGGUUCAGGAUCCUUGCGAAUGCAGCUAGACGCCUCCGACGAUGCGGCUGCUAUAGCAACAGCACCAGGAGCAGGAGCAGCAGCAAGAGCAGCAGCAGCAAGAGCAGCAGCACAAGAGCAGCAGCAGCAACAAGAGCAGCAGCAACAAGAGCAGCAGCAACAAGAGCAGCAGCAACAAGAGCAGCAGCACACUGCUUGUGCUGAAGACACUCCACCAGCCAACGCUUCGAAAGAAGAUGCAUCUCGAGAAGAGCGACCAACACUAAGACCUGACACUGAAGUUUCAGCAUCGGUUGCGCCUUCAGUCUCUACUGUCCCCCCUUGCAACGCCAGCAGCAAUCGGGAGCAGGUGAGUGCCUGGCAGUAUGCUGCGGCGAAAUUCCGCUGUCCAGAGCUGGAUCAGCUGCCUCCUGCACUUUCGCCUUACAUUUGUAUCUUUUCCUCGCUGUUGCUGAGCGGUUCGGCCGAGGCUGCACAGGCGGCCGCGAUCGCCGUCGCGACAACGGAGAAGUUGACGCUGCUGCGGCACCAGCAGCAGGAGGAAAGCAAGGAGCAGGAAGCGCGGCUGCUGCUGGAGCUGCAGCAGGCUCACAACGAGUUUCUGGCGCUGGAGCAGCAGCAGCAGGAGGUGCAGCAGUUGAGAGAGCGGCUCGCGAAGUACGAGGCUCUUAGGGGCACGACGAGUUUUAGGGGGGGCCUGAGCGGCGGCGAUAGCAAGGAUCUUCAGGAGGCCAAGUCGAAGUGCAGCCACGUGUUCUCGCUGCUGACGCAGGAGGAUGGUCACGCAGACGCGCCAGAAGCGGCGGCAACAGCCGCAGAUCCUGCAGCGCCCCCUCGAGCCGCUUUCGAUCCCAGCGGGGGGGCGACGUCUCUGGAGCACCCGCAGCAGGAGGCGAAUACCGGCGCCGCCAGUGCACAGCCUCGGGGAGCCGCCUUGGCUGUGGAAGAGGAAGAAGGCGCCGAGUCAGCGGAGACAGCCGACCACGGAGCUCCCUCCGGUCAGAGUGGUCUUCUUCCGAGUCUUUUGCGGCAUGAGAGCUGGAGCCAAAGGGCCCCCCCCCAAGGAAAACAGCCGAGUGGAAUGCGCGGGGGAACUGCACACGGAAUUCUUGCUGCCCCAACAGACUUUUGUGUGGACCCCGCUGGUGCCCUCUUAGAGGACUCAGACGUGUCUCCCCGCUACUGCCAUAAGGGGGCCCUUGCAUGCGACAGUGCGAUGGCGGCAGCGUGUCUGGGAGCAGCAGCAGCUCCCCGUGCUGCCCCGGGGCCCCCCGCAUGCGCUUCGCAGGAGGGCCCCCUGCAUGCGGCCCCGGACGGUUCUGCUGAGUGGGGUUCGCAUUGGGGCUUGCGGCGGUGCAGUCGAAGGGCGCGCGCGUUGCAGCAGAGCAGGGCCCUUCGAGCAGCAGCGGCUGAAGAAGCGGCAGCGGCUGCUGCUGUUGCUGCCGCUGCCGCUGCUGCUGAAGACGAUGCAUUAGGGUCGGAGGGCAGCACAGAUUCGGCUGCUGCAUGCCGCAGCAGAGGGGCCCGCCAACAGCAGCAAAGGGCCAAGGGGUACUAUGCUGGGGGGGCCUCUUCAGCAGCAGCGGGGGCCGCUGCUGCCGCUGCUGCCGCUGCUGCUGCUGCUUACUGUGCGGCGAAGAAGCGGACGGAAGGGGGGGGAGGGGGAGGAUCGCAUGCAGCUCUCGGCGGACUGGCCUGUCUCGGCGCCAAGCAGCGGCGAGAGCACCAGCAGCACCAGCAGCAACCGCAGCAACAGCAGCAGCAGCUCCACGCGGCCGUCCACAACAACGCAGCGGCUCUCGUAGCUCCAGCGGCAGCAGCUGCUGCUGCUGCCAUCGGCGGCUCUGGCGCCUGCAGCAACGCCCCCGCAACUCUCCUGAGGUGCUCGCAGACGGAGAGGACAGGAAGAUCACGGCGUCUCCCUGGACCCCAUCGCUCGCGGGUGUCUUUCUUUCCAGAGGAGCAUGAGGGCCUCCCCAGGAAGUGCUCCGUGGGGGCGGCUUCAGCGGCGUCUGCCGUGGCUUCCCUCGCUGCAGGUGCAUCUUCUGUGGCGGAGACUCUGGUGACUGCGAAUGCUGACGCGAUGGGGGAGAGGACCCUUUCAUCGCAUCAUCUUGCACCGGGAGGAGGAGCGCCGUCUGUCAGCGACUCAGAUGGGGGGUUGGGCUCUGCGGAAAGCCUCCGUUUGUGCGCGGGAACUUCUGGUGGUCUCGAAGAGCUCCUGGCAUCCAGCAGACGCUUACAGCAGCAGCAGCAGUGCUCUGCUCUGGAAGAGGGAUGCCGUGGUGGCUCUGGCUAUGACGGCCCAGGCUGUCUAGAGGGGGGGGGAGGGGGCCCUCAGGGGCCCCCGUCGGGAGGGACGUCUCCAACGGGUCCAGGUGGCUGCAUGGCAACCGGGCAUGGGAGCUUCGUAGGGGCCCCUACGUCGAUGUCUACUUCAAGAGUGGUUACGUCUCUGCCUGGUCCUGGAGGGGGAGGCCCUUCCCGUCUGGAGUCUCUUCCGGAGGAGCUGAGCGAGGAGAUGAGGCCGAUGAAGGGGGUGUAUUUUGACAGGACGCAGAAGAGUUGGAUCGGAUCUUUCUACGAGGAGAGACGUCAGAUCAAGAAGCGCUUCAAAGUUGCGACUUACGGGUAUCACACGGCCAAGGCUCUGGCGAUUAAUGUGCGGCUAGGGUUCGAGCGGAAAGCCAGGAUGCGUGGCGAUGACAGCAAGGAGGCACACCCAGCAGCCCAUGCGGAGAGGCUCCUAGCGGGAGCCACCGAGGCUGCCUUGGCAGCUGGGGAAGCAGGAAUCGACUCGAACAAGGAAGCGCAGCUGCGCCUUCUUCUUCACAGUGCCGAGAGUGGAUCGACUGCGCACCUCCCACGCAGCGAGCUGCUGCAGCAGAUCCUCAGGAGACAGCCCAAGGCCUACGAGGACAAGAAGCAGCAGCAGCAGCGAAUAGCUACCGCCGCAGCCAGCACUGCAGCUUCAACCGUCCCUGCGAUCCCGCGGACCCAGUUUGAGCUCCAUAGAGGGGGGGGCAGCCUCGUAACUGCCGGGGGGCCCCUUGCGCAUCAGCAGAGAUGGACUGCUGAUGCAGGCACAGCUGUUGCUGCUUCUGCCGUCAAAGCCGAGAGCUCCACAGCCCUCAUGAGGCACGAGAAGCAAGGGCUGCUGCUGCGCCAGAAACACCGAAGCAGCAGCAGCAGCAGCGCGGUAGACGACGCAAAGAACGGAGAUGCAGGAACGACUGCCGGAGCGACUCCCUGUUCAGCUGUCACUGCGGCAGACUUCGCUGUAGCCGUAGCUGCACUCCGAUGUAGCCUGGGCCCUCAAGAAGACGUCCUGCUGGCGCGCAAGCCCGCUGCCGCUGCUGCGACGCAGAAGCAGCUCGACAGACGCGUUGCUGCCUCAGCAGGAGCAGCAGCAGCAGCAGCGGCGGAAUCCGAGUCUGCAGACACCUCGGAAGCUGCCGCAGAGGAAGACUUGGAUGAGGCUUUCAGGGCGGCUAUCCGGGAGUCCAGAGAUCCCACUUCGCUCUUUGCGCAGGCCCUCGACGUGUCCAACACUUCGCUUGCCUUCUUUCACUCGGCAGCUGCCGAAUUGCAGCACACCAAGCAGCCGCCGAACCCCCACCUGGACUCGCCCCCUGCGGGAGGCGUCAAGGCAGCAGCUGCCACGACCAUUGUCUCCAAGCAGAAGCAGCAGGCUCUCAGACGAUGGCGUGGAAGUAGCACCACGACGGGAUCUCCAUCGGCUGCAGCGGGUCGUGUCAGCCCCGUCAACUCGCCCUCCUCCACAGCUGCAACGCCAACACGCAACGCAGUGGCUGCGGCUGGUGCUGGCACGGUGAGGCAGUACGAGAGACGGGAUGAAGGGGAGCGGGCGGAGCCAAGUCCAGAGGAAGUCUCGGGAGGAUCCUGGGUGCAGAGCCGCGCUGGUGCUGUCGCAGCAAAAACAGAGACAGCAGCACCAGCAGCAGCAGCUGCUGCUGCUGCUGCAUCAGAAGAUCCAGAGGGUGGCGUGGUUCUGUGGCAGAAUCGAGGCUAUGAUGAGGGGGAGGAACCAGAAAGUCUUCUAGAAAAGGCGGCAAGGGGCCCCCCUCCCCCGAAAGCCCCCUGCGGCUCACGGAAGCCCCUUCCUCACGCUCCUCUUCGGUGGACAGAGGAAGGGGCCUCUCGAGAUGGCAACGGCUGCAAAAGAAUCCCUUUAACGCGAGCUUCAGGAGAGGAGGGGCCUUGCGGUAGAGAUCAACAACAGCAGAGGCUCGCCGACCUAGCAGCGGCAACCGCAGCUAUCCGCCAGGCCCAUGGAUUCGGCGACACGGCUCAACUUCAGCAGCAGCUCUUCGAGCAGCUGCAGCAGCUUCAGAGAGAACAACAAGAGCAGAUGCAGGCACACGCGUCUGAGGGCGAUGCACAGCUUAUGGGCAUCAGCGAAGAGACGGCCUUACCGACUGCAAUUGCAGCCGCAGUGGCAGAGGAACGGGAUGCGGCCCUUAGCGAACGCGGCAGCUCCGAGGACCCGCAACAGCGUGUAACUCGAGAAACUACCAACUUGAGACGGGAAACUCGUAAAGCGAAUGGGUCUAUGUUGGGCAAGUGGCUCUCAAAAGAGAAAUUUCAGCUUAAAAGCGUAUGCGAGAACAGGAGGGCAGCAGUCGUGAAGUCUGCUAACGUUGAACCAGGAGAUAUACUGGGAUGCGAAGAAUUCAUCCGCAUAGGACAAACAGUCUGCCCCAACCUAAGCUGUACUAGCAUCAAGAUCCCGCGUGGUUUCUCAGAUUUACCGCCGCUAUGCUGGGAAGCUUACAUCAGAAGGGACUCGCGAAGGCAGCACAUAGUAGAAGACCGCCAAGCCUCCCUUCAACCAGAUAAUCCUGGCCCUAAAGAGAAACUGAAAAUUGAUGCUGCGGCGUCUAACACGCCCUCGACCGCUGAGUAG